AUGCAUACUUUGCUCAGUGCAACCCUAACCAACCAGCUAACUUGCUUUGCAGAGCUUGAUGCCCUCACAUCACCGUCGAUUCCUAAAGAUGUAUUUUUGGCUCUAUUAUCCAAUAUUGGGAGUACGCUAUAUAGCGUGUCACUCGCUAUUUUCAAACAUGGUUGGGUUAAUACAACAAGAAGAGGAAGAGGUAGGAAAAAUCCCGACGUUUCAGUUUCUGAAGAUGAUGGAAAAUUGAGGCUUUAUCCAUGCGGACCUGCUGUGAAUGCGACUCAGAAGGUUGUAGUAGAUCCUAGUGGAAAUGGAAAUUUUACGAUGAUUAAUGAUGCUGUUGCAGCAGCUCCAAACAACACUGAUGGCGGCAAUGGGUAUUUCUUGAUUAGUAUUGCGGCUGGUGUGUACCAAAAGUAUAUUAACAUACCGGUAAACAAGAAGUACUUGAUGAUGAUCGGAGCAGGGAUUAAUCAGACUAUAAUUACUGGCAAUCAUAGUGUCUCGGAUGGGUUGUCCACAUUCAACACAGGAACAUUCAUUUUCCAACUGUUCUGCAAGAACGUCCCGUCAUCUGCGUUCGUCACAAGGUUAACCAUUUUUAUAGACGGGUCUGGUAUGAGAGACCAUCGAUGA